AUGGGCUCGCGGAUAAACAUUGAUGUGUUCAGGACUGGGAGUAUUCGUCUACCUGGCGAGGACAGGGUGGCGUUCGACGAGUGGGUGCACAGAUACCGAGUUGGGUGGUCUUUAAUCGGGACAGAUGGGUCGAAGUCACCCAAUCGGACGUCGAUGGGCGUCUUCAUAUUGGAGGGGCGGAAGAGUGAGACGUGGGAACUGGAUGUUCAGUGUGGGGUAUUCGGGGCAGAGGCUGCUGGGAUUUUGCGGGUGAUGGCUCUGUGUUUCCAAAAUCCUUGUCCGACCAUUCUAAGUACGGACAGUCGUUCUGUGUUCGAGGCGUUGACUAACGUGGGGUACACUACGGAAGCGAUCAUCAUUGAUAUUGCGGCGGCUGUGUCGUCUUUCCCUCAGCCUUUUGAGUUCUUAUGGACUCCGGGGCACGUUGGUAUUGCCCUUAACGAGGACGCGGAUAAGGCAGCGAAGGGAGAGUGUUUAACAGGUUCCUGGAAGAGGUCGCUGUUGCCUAAAGACAUUCAUCGGUUAGUAUGGCAGGACACUCGUAAUUCGUUACGGGACCACUGGGCUUCGGUCCAUAGGAACAGGGGUAGGGAGUAUCUCCGUCCUUUUGACCCGUGGCCUUAUCACCACGCUUCAUCGCGGCGGGCGGAAACACUGCUGGCGAAACUACGGACUGGUACGGCCCCACUCAACUACUUUCUUUAUUCGCGUGGUAUCGUCCCGUCCCCAAACUGUUUGUUCUGUGGGGAGGCAGAAACUGUUGAUCACUUCUGGCUCAGGUGUCCCGAGUAUACUACAAGUCGUACGGACCUACUGAAACACUUAAGACUGAACUUACAGACUGUGCGUACUUUGACUCCUCUGUAUUGGCCUCAGGCAGACAUGUCCUCGAAGUAUCAUAUACGUCUUCUAGAACAGUAUAUUCAUCGAUCGGGUCGCUUCACCUAA